AUGGUUGGUCUGGAUAACUUCGAGUUGGCCGGCAUUAAGAGUUACACUCGGUUCUGGGGCCUGCUUAUGUUUGGGUCCUAUUCCGUGAUCAAUGUGAUUGUAUUGCUCAACCUCCUCAUUGCUAUGAUGUCUAACUCUUAUGCUCAUAUUGAUGAACAUUCUGACGUCGAAUGGAAGUUUGCCAGGACGCGUCUAUGGAUGUCCUAUUUCGAGGACAGUCCUACUCUACCGCCACCUUUUAACAUUCUCCCAACACCAAAACGGAUCAUGAGGCUGUUCGGCUCGAAAGACAAGAAUAAACAGGUUAAAGUAAAGGUGGAAAAGGAGAAAGAAGACGAUGUUCGCUACACAGCGGUUAUGCGGGCUCUUGUGUGGCGUUACGUGUCAGCGAUGCAUAGAAAACUAGAUGAUGAUCCAGUGACAGAAGAUGACAUUAACGAGUUGAAGGGAGACGUGUCUGCACUGAGAUAUGAGCUUCUCGAAGUGCUGGGAAGAAACGGAAUGGAUGUAUCAUGUGCUGAUAGGAAAGAAAAGGCAGUUCUCGGAAAACGCAUGAAAGUCUGGGAGCGAAGAUUAAUGAAGGACUUCCAAGUGGCUCCUGUCUCUGUAAUAGAUGAAGAAGGAAAACCAGCAAACGAAGAUGCUCUGGCCAGGUUUAGGAGGAUUGCCCGUAUGGCUGCGGCAGCCAACAGCAACGACAAGUGGAAACAGACGCUUGCUGCGACUGGAGUAUCGUCUCAAAUUGGACGAUGCCGAACCAGGGAAUCCUUUAAAAGUCAGCAAAAGCUGCAGCAGGCCAUGGAACAUGCUAAACGACUUGUUAUGCGGUCGCCAUUACCAGACAUAUCCCGCUCUGCAUCACCAAUUCAACUACCAAUAUCGCCCGGACAUACCCUUAAAGAACUAAUCAAGGAUAUAUCUGAAGAUGUUGGAGCUAGCGUAGACUUGAGGACGCCCCAACCUAAUAGGAUUAAUGAAAAUCUUCUGAGUGCCCCACGAACAAUGCUUUCUCCAACUCCAACGCCGGAUACAAAACAUCAGAAUAAGUCAAAGCCCUCUUCGAGAACGACUUCACCCAACAGACCCCGAAGUCCCAAACCCGGGUCUAGUCUAACAAUCGAUGACGCAAGAUCAGUAGACCCAAGUCCACUGAAGUCGAAACGCGUCACUGAUCCAACCACAGUGCCGAAAGUUGUGAAGAGAAAGCCACCUCAACCACCAAAUGAACAAGAAGUUACGGAUGCAGAUGUCAAAUGUGGAGACGUUGCCGUGGCAAGACCACCUGCUCCAGACCUUAGACCGAAGGGUUCCUUGCCUCCUCCACCGAGUAACAAAGCUAAGGCCCAAACCCCAACUAUGGAGAUCACACCAUGUACUCCUUUAUGCCAACGUGCGUCACCAGCUGAACCUAAAUCAAGCGCUGCAUCCGCAGAAUCUAAGCCAGCGCCGAUACCUCCCCCACUGCCGGACUCACCAGUAACAUCAGUGUCAGAUAGUACGGAGCACUUGAUUCCUUCACCAGAACCACUGCAAAUGAGGAAUCUAGAUGAAAACAUUAGAAGCAUCAAGAAAACAUCUAAGACUUGGCUCUAA